AUGAGGUUCACUCCUCUUGUUCUCGGCUCCCUCGCCUCGGCUGCCGCCCUCAACCGCCGGGCAGAUAUGUGUGGCCAAUGGGACACCACCACUACCGACAAGUUCACUUUGUACAACAACCUCUGGGGUGAGGCCAACGCGGACAGUGGUAGCCAAUGCACCGGCCUUGAUUCGGACAACGGAAACACUAUUGCCUGGCACACCAGCUGGAGCUGGACCGGUGGAGCCGGCCAGGUCAAAAGCUUUGCCAACGUUGCCUACAACUUCGAGGCCACUCAGCUGAGCCAGCUAAGCAGCAUCCCCAGCACAUGGAAGUGGCAGAACACUGGCUCCGACAUUGUUGCUGAUGUCGCAUAUGACCUCUUCACCUCAUCCAGCGCAGAUGGAGAUGAGGAGUACGAGAUCAUGAUCUGGUUGGCAGCCUUGGGCGGUGCUGGUCCUAUCUCGUCGACCGGAUCUACGAUUGCCACCCCCACCGUGGGCGGACAGAGCUGGUCCUUCUUCGUCGCCUCCUCCACGACCGAGGAUUUCUCGGCUGACCUGAACGAUUUCCUCAAGUAUCUGCAAGAGGAACAGGGCCUGCCUUCCAGCCAAUACCUGACCCAUGUGCAGGCGGGUACUGAGCCCUUCAGCGGAAGCGACGUCAAGUUCACCACCUCUUCCUACUCUGUCUCUGUUGCCUAA